GGGGCGUGUUCACUUUGUCAAGACUCAUACAUAAGGCAGCACGGAAAGUCGAUGCAAUUUGAAGUUCUUUAUGGUGGGGGGUGCACUUCAUAUAGUAUUUUAUAUUUUAUUCAUUAAUUUUUGUUAAAAAAAAAAAAUCGUAAUGAAAAAUUGCACGCAGUACUAAACGAUAGAAUUCAGACUCCAACACAGUUCAGUGCUUUGUUUAUCUUUCUACCACUUAAUACCUAUGCUUCAAACAUAUUGACCACAACGGAAACAGAAAACCUAAAAUUGGAGUUGCCUAACGUGCUUUGAUUCUUCCAGUUUUGUUAAGAUAGUGAAAGAUUGAAACACUUGUGCUGGUGCAUUUAAAGCGCAAUGCCAAUUGCAGACUUUUUGAAUCAUUUAUGGAGGAAACAAACUAAUAGCAAUAUUUUGCCAAGGAGUGAGAUGCCGCAAGUGUCACUGGACGAGUUGUCUCAAGCUGACUGCAUUUGUCCGAUCUGCUUGGAGAUUUUCCUGGAGCCGGUUACACUGCCCUGCGAUCACACCUUCUGUAAGCUCUGCUUCCAGCAGACUGUUGACAAGUCCAACCUGUGCUGCCCUCUCUGCCGGAAGAGGGUCUCCACCUGGGCUCGGCUGCACGCCCGCAACAAGACCCUGGUGAACGAGGAGCUGUGGGGGAGGGUGCAGAAAGCCUUCCCUGUUCACUGCCAACGUAGGCUCAGCGGACAGGACCUGGAUGACGCCACCUUGAAUGCACUGAUUCCUCAGCCUCAACUGUGUAAACCAGGAGAGCUCCGACAGGAAUAUGAGGACCAGAAAAGCAAGUCCCCAGACUUGAAUCCCAUCGAGAUGUUGUGGAUGGACUUGAAGGCUGCUGUUGCAAAAAGGAAACCAAAGUCGAUUGCAGAACUGAGAGCUCUGGAAGCAGAAAAACGUGUGUUGGAAGAAGAAGAAAGGCGAGUGAGUGAAGAGUAUAUUCAACAGCUCCUAGCUGAGGCUGAGGAUGAGGAGAGAAGAGCUGAGGAGGGCAGGAGGGCAGUAGAGCUGCAGCUGGAAAAUGAUGCAAGAUUGGCCCAGAUGCUCAGUGAAGAACUAAAUGCAAACCAAUUUUCAGAAACCCAGGGGCCCUCUACAGAAAUAUCAAGACAGAACUCUUCAGGAAAGAAGAAGAAGAAGAAAACAAGUUUAGGGAACAUUGAGAAAUACUUAUCUCCUGUCUCAAACCGUAUGCCAAGCUCUUUGAUACAUUCUGAAACUAGCAGGUGUACAAGCCUUUCUGCUAACAAGGAAGAUAUCUCAGCUGCUUUUGGUGGGGCUAUUUUGAUAGGAGAUGGAAUACAAACUUUAAGUCCCCAAGAAGCUGCAAGUUUCUCCGAACUACCUGCAGAGUUACCUUUGCCAAAGUUAUCUUUUCAUGGCGAGAGUUAUCACCACGAUGAUAGUUCAGACAUUGUCAGCUUUGCAGAUGAUGCACAGUUUGGAGAGACAGACGAGAAAUUAGACAUUUUAGGUAAUGCCACUAAGGCGGCAAAAAAAAUAAAUGCAAGUACCAGUGACAAAGACUGGUGUGUCCUUGUGCCUACAAGCACAGAUGAAAGUGAAAACUGUGGUGUGCACCUGAGAGACAGAAGCAGCCAUCCAAACUGCAGAUCAGGCAGAACAGGUGAUGAAGAUCCCUGCAAGAGGAAGAAUCCAAGUAAGUCUGACUCUGAGAGCAAUUUCAAAAGCAAGAGACUGAAAGUGUUACCAGCAGAGGGCGAUCCUCCCGAAGGAGCAGAGGUCUCUGUGGAUGCGACACACGUGCAGCAGCUCAUAGAGUUGGAGAAUGAGCUUUUCAAGAAACUGGAGCAAGAGAAAAGAGACAGACUUUUGGCCUUGCAGUUGCAGAGGCAGCUGAACAAGGAGAUGAAAGAAGUGAACAGAAAAAAAAACUCCCCAGAUGGGUACCAGCUCCGCACUAAGCUGCCUGAAGAGAGAGCGUCGUGCAGUGGACAGAGGAAUUGGUCACGGUCCUGCACUACUGUGAGAGGUGAGAUGGAGACAACAUUGCCUGCAAAUAGACCCAGUGGGAGCAUGCUGACUACUGCUCUGACCCCAACAGAAGCUGGCAGUCAGAAGGGUACGAGCAGCAGUUCUGGGUCACCCGCAGAACGGCAGAUAUAUGGCAAACAGAUGACCAUAACAAAGAUGUUCCAAAACCAUGUAAACUAAAGGUUUCCCAGAGAAAACAGUCCUUUACAGCGUUAACACAUCACAGAGAGAUAUCUUACUUUACUAAUUUGACCCAACAGCCGGACUACAGGUUUUUAUAAAGUCUGAUACUUAGCUGUUUUUUUCCCAGCAUUUUUGUUCUGCUAAAUUACCUCCAUAUGAUAUCCAUGCUUAACAUUUGGUAGCCAACAAAGCCACAAUGUUAACAUCACGAUGAAAUGAUGGGGUACAAAUGUUUAACAGCAGAUUGUAAACCUGGUCAAUAAAACCAGAAAUAACAAUAAAUAGAGAUGAUACUCUUAUUAAAUGUGGAGCAAAUGUAAAAAUAUAUAUGUAGAAAAGAUGUGUACAGCUAUGACCAAAUGUUUUGCAAGAAGCAAAAUGUGUUAAUUAUAUAGAGUGAUGUAAAAUCUUUGGCCAAAGCUGCAUUUAACUACUAUGUGCUUUGGUCAAAGCUCAUUUAAACUAAACAUUUAAGAAAGAUACAAACGUGGUGCAUUCAGCAUUCUCUCGACACACUUUACAAUUAGGUAACUAAAGGCACAGCAUUUCAAUUAUAACAUGAUCCAUGUAUAAUCAUUUUACUGUUAUAAAUCUAUAGGACCAUACCAUAAAACAGGACAUCAAAGGAGGGGUUCCACAAUCAAAUCCUAUAAUUUUAUUAAUAAUAUUAGAACAUAAGAAGAAGAACAUAAGAAUAUUACAUUCUGUGGCAGAUACAAGAUCUUUAGAAUUGUAAGUGCUUCUAUAAAACUUUGAGAGUACAUUUGAAGGAAUGUUAUAAGGGCUCCACAGAGUUGUACACAUACAGAUUCUGAUUAAACUGCCUUGCUAUGAAACUAAAUAUGUUUUAAUUCUGUGGAGCAGACCCUGUCUAUCUAUAACUUUUAAACACAAGUUUACUCUUAAACAACUGCCCUUUUUAUCUACAGUAAGAGUUUAUUACUGAAAACCUUAACAAAAACUUUGACAUUUAAAAUGUCAUCCAUAACUAUUAAACACUCAAUGGUGGUAUAUUGAGAAAUACUAAAAGAGGCAUUUGUCAUUGAAGUUUAAAAUCAGCAGGAACACGUUGGUAAUAAAAUGUACAUUGUUGUUACUUUUGUAAAAGUUCUCAAUACUUGUUUUGGGUUGGUCUGAAAAAAAAAAAAACAUUUGCUUCAAUGCAAAGUUUGCACCACUUU